AUGGCUCUAACCUGCGUAGGAGGGAAAAGUCGAGAGAAAAAAAGCCGAAUCACAGGAUCAGGUCGUGGUGAAAUAUAUGUUUCGAAUUGGUAUGCCUAUGAAGCCUUCAGUUUUCUGGGAGAUAGAAAUCACCCAGGAAACACACAAGAUACUUUAGGUGAAGAAAAUGCAAGUCUGGAUAAUACUCGAAAUGAUGACGGUCAUAACGAAGAAAGAAAUGAAACUUCAAACUCGACGAUAACGGAAGGACCUAAACAAAAGUCAACUAAACCUAAAAAGAGAUCCAAAAUGAACGAAAGUGAUGAUCUAACUGAUAACGCCAUAUCUGAAAUAUUAACACUUCUACAACAAUGUGCAAGCGAUAAUAUAUCGGAAAAAAUGAUCCCUAUAAUGUCCUGUUCUGACGAUACCGUGCUAGCAUUACUAGAAGAAUCUGGUGUCGAUUUUAGCAGCGACGAUGAUACCCAAGAUCCCACAUAUAAUGAACCCACGGAAAUCGCUACACAAGAGCGUCGAAGGUAUGAUUAUAGUGAUUCUUCUGUAAAUUCAGACUCCCAUAAUGUUGUUGAGCCACCAUCGCCGGCUUUAUCGAGUGGAUCUAUAAUACGCCAGGCAACUGGCUCUGGUUUACGCCGAGCAAGAUCUUCUCGUCGCCCUCGAAGGUCAGCUCAGCCAACCUACAGACAAAUACCGUCUCAAUCUCAACCUGAUGUUGUGGAUUUAUGGACUGGAAAUUUUGAACCUCUCGAAAUAAAUCUGUAUGAACCAAUAUACAUGCCAAAUUUCGACCAUAGGUGGUCAUACGAAUAG